GUCAUUGUCCGCGAAGGACCGUGACAGUCCGGAGCGGCAGCGGGAGUUAGAAGAGACGAGGAAGAAACUUGUCACCUGGACCUUCACCUGCAGCUAAAACCCCCAGAACCCCGCGACGGAAACAUGAGAUCGGAGAGAGAUUUGCGCGCCCGUGGUUCUCUGGUGCCUUUGCAAACACCUUCAGGGAGUUCACAUGCUCCUGCGCGUCGACGAGGAGGCAAUGUUUAGGCGCAGACGACCGGCAGAGCCCCGCGGAGUUUCGGAUGUGUGUCUCGUAGCCUGUCAAAUGAGAGAGGGCUGAAACGGGAGACGCAGCGACGAGGAGGACCGCGAAUGUAGUCUUCUUGGGAAAGCGAAACACUGUACCUACCAGUGUCUUCCUGCGGUCACCCCUCGUGUGUGUGAGCGCGCGAGUGUGCGUGCGUGCGUGUGCGUGUGUGUGUGUGUGUUUUCGGCUUCUCGUAGUGCUGUGUGUGGGUAAAGCCCGGGAGGAUGCAGGUGAAGAAGCACCGGGACUCGGACCGGAGCGGCGGGGACAUGCUGGAAGCAGACGGCCUCCGCAGAAACUCCUCGUGCUUCUCAAAUAUCAAGAUAUUCUUGAUAUCGGAGUGCGCCCUCAUGUUGGCCCAGGGCACCGUCGGGGCGUACCUGGUCAGUGUGCUGACCACCCUGGAGCGGCGGUUCAACCUGCAGAGCGCUGAUGUUGGAGUGAUAGCCAGCAGCUUUGAGAUAGGCAACCUGGCACUGAUCCUGUUUGUCAGCUACUUUGGGGCCAAAGCACAUCGCCCCCGUCUGAUAGGCUGUGGGGGCAUCGUCAUGGCGCUCGGCGCCCUUCUCUCAGCUCUCCCGGAGUUUCUGACAAAUCAGUAUGAGAUAGGGGAUAUGUGGAGGACUGAUAUGGGUCGGGAUGAUUGCUCCAACACCAGCGGCAGGGACGCCCAGCCGGCAGAGGAUGCUCUGUGCUCCAACAAAGCCAACACCAACAUGAUGUACCUGCUGCUGAUCGGAGCCCAGGUCCUGCUGGGGAUCGGAGCCACGCCGGUGCAGCCUCUGGGGGUGUCCUAUAUUGAUGAUCAUGUGAAGAAGAAAGACUCCUCACUCUAUAUAGGGAUUCUCUUUUCUACGCUGGUGUUUGGGCCUGCCUGUGGCUUCAUCCUUGGCUCCCUCUGCACUAAAUUCUACGUGGACGUUAUCUUCAUUGACACCAGUAAGCUGAGCAUCACUCCAGAUGACCCGCGGUGGAUCGGGGCCUGGUGGGCAGGCUUCCUCCUGUGCGGUGCCUUACUCUUUGGCUCUGCCGUCUUGAUGUUUGGCUUCCCUCAGUCGCUGCCGACCAGGGAGAGAGAGGAAGGGGCAGACAGCGAGCAGGUUAUGCUCCCUCCCUCUCUGAAUCCAGACUAUGAGACUCCAAAGCCCAGCAAUGGGGUUGUCCAAAACCACGAGCCUGCCAACAGCCCCACCUGCUGUCAGCAACUCAGGGUGAUCCCCAAGGUGACCAAGCACCUCCUGUCCAACCCAGUGUUCACCUGCAUCAUCCUGGCAGCCUGUAUGGAGAUCGCUGUUGUGGCCGGCUUUGCAGCCUUUCUGGGGAAGUACCUCGAGCAGCAGUUCAACCUCACCACCACCUCAGCAAACCAGCUGUUAGGUAUGACGGCUAUUCCUUGUGCAUGUCUGGGGAUCUUCAUGGGCGGUCUGCUGGUGAAGAAGCUGAACCUGUCGGCGCUGGGAGCUAUCCGCAUGGCCAUGUUGGUCAACCUGAUAUCCACUGCCUGCUACGUCUCCUUCCUGUUCCUGGGCUGUGACACAGGCCCCGUCGCCGGAGUGACGGUCACAUAUGGCAAUGAGACGCUGCAGGUGGGCGAGAAACCAGAAGCUCAGUGCAUCAGUCACUGCAACUGCUUCACCUCCUCCAUCAGCCCCGUGUGCGGCUCCAACGGUGUCACCUACCUGUCCGCCUGCUUCGCCGGCUGCACCCGAACAGGAAGCGCUCGGACCACGUCGACUAACUCUCAGAACCUGACAGGAUGUUCCUGUGUAUCCGCUGAAAACGAAUUGGCCACAGCGGUUCCGGGGAAAUGUCCGACGCCGGGCUGCCAGGAGGCUUUCCUCAUCUUCCUGUGUGUGAUCUGUGCCUGCAGCCUGGUCGGAGCCAUGGCCCAGACUCCCUCUGUUAUCAUCCUAAUCAGGACCGUGAGCCCUGAACUGAAAUCGUACGCGCUUGGAGUGUUGUUUCUUUUGUUACGACUCCUUGGAUUCAUCCCUCCUCCUCUGAUCUUCGGUGCUGGGAUCGACUCUACUUGCCUUUUCUGGAGUUCAGACUGUGGCGACAGGGGCGCUUGCCUGCUGUAUGACAACAUAGCCUACAGGCAUCUGUAUGUGAGCCUUGCCAUCAUCCUGAAGGGCGUCGCCUUCCUCCUCUACACCACCACAUGGUAUUGCUUACGCAGGAACUACAAGAAGUACAUCAAAGGCCACGAGUGCCACAUGACUCCGACUGAGUUUUACCCCUCUCUCACGGACGGCCCCAAACUAGUCGACCGGACGAAGUUUAUAUAUAACCUAGAGGACCAUGAGUUUUGUGAAAAUAUGGAGUCAGUUUUAUAGUUUGUAAAUCAAGAAAAGGACAAUGUGGACAUUCAUAUUCUCUCAAAGGAAUAUUUUAUGAUUUUAUUCUACUUUUCUUGAAAGGAUGAAACAAAAUUGUUUUUGAUAAAGGCGAUCUAUUUAACGGGCCCUCCAGGUCAUAGGAGACGCUGCACUCCACUUGGCUCCAUGUCCUCGGUAAACUUUCGAAAGGGUCCAUUUUUAGUCGUUUACAUUAAUCAGCGAGGUGUUGUCCAGUGUUGCCGGUGAUUCCUGUGUUGACUUGGUGGUAGAAGACCUCUGCAGUACUGUCUGGCUGAGUCCUAGUUGAUUAUUAGUGAGUGGACAUGAUGCUACUACAACUAUAGUUGCCAUAUUGUUUUUAGGUCUGUCAGGAUCCCAGUGAUCUGUGUGGGAUAUGACAGUUUCCUUUCAGUCAGUGCACUGUGUGCUCUGCCUGUCACUCUCCCAAAUGAGAUUUGAAAGUUGGGAUGGCUCUUCAGUUAUUCAUAUUUAAAAGUUGCCAAGUGUUUACACACUAAUAGUUCAUCGGUUAAUGCAUUUUAGUACGAUGCAGAUAGGUUCCGUAUAAAAAGAGAACAGAAACACUCUGACUGGGUUAUUAUAGUGGCCUGUUAGAUGUUUUAACUGUCAGAAAAUCCAGUUUCAUGACUUUAAACAAGAUAGUGUUUGCAUGUCAUCAUGCACUGUUCAGUUUCUUGUUCUCUUGCUGGAUCAUAGGCACUGUUUUUGAUACUCCUUAGACUAGACUAUGAAGUCUUGUCUCAUAGGUGCAAAUGUGCAAUUCAUAUCCGAUGCGUCCAUGUUCUUUACUAGUCUUGUGUCAGACUACAAGUUUGUUUUUCAUUAUAGCAGUUUGUUUCAUUUUCCAUGUUUGUUUUUUACAUCUGCAGAAUUUAUUCAGCCUAAUAUGUCUUAAUAAGGGAUUAUUCAGUUAAGAAUGUUAAUUAUAUUUUCUUUUGACUUUUGCACCUAGUGAGAAAGCAAAGAUGAAAAUCAAGAGUAAUAUUUUUAUGUGUUUUGACAUUCAAGUAAAAAAGAUUAGGAGUAAUAUAUUUAUUUCAUUAGGCCCAGAAUGUUUCCUUAGAUUGUGUUUGAAAGGUAAAAUAUAAAUUAUAUACAAGAGAUGUGUGUGUCUGAUGUCACAAAAGAUUUGGGACAAUUCAUAGCAAUGAGAGUAGUAUGUUGCAUUACUGGGGGGAAAAAACACAAUCUGUGUCUUCAAGCUAGGCCUUUAAUAUUUGGGAUAAAGGUAACAGGAACGCUAGAGGAGGCUGUGUAUGAAUGGUCAAACAAAGUGAAGAACGCUGAAUUUAUUCCGGGACCUGUGUUUGAAGAACUCUUUAACGCGACUCGGCACAUACGACCUGCUACUCUACUGAUCUCUCUGCAGUUACGGUUUUGACAUUGUCCCUUUUCUUACACUUUUUGUAUGGCAACAUAUCUUUUAUUUUAC